UCUUCCAUAAAUUCCCAGAGGGAAAUGGCAGCAGCAAAUCGCUCCUCAGUGACUGAGUUCAUCCUUGCUGGGCUAACAGAGCAUCCAGGACUCCAGCUGCCCCUUUUCUUCCUCUUCCUAGGAAUCUAUGUGGUCACGGUGGUGGGGAACCUCGGCAUGAUCACACUAAUUGGGCUCAGUUCUCGCCUGCACACCCCCAUGUACUAUUUCCUCAGCAGCUUGUCCUUCAUUGACCUCUGUCAGUCCACUGUCAUUACCCCCAAAAUGCUGAUGAGCUUUGUGACAGAGAAGAAUACUAUCUCCUACCCAGCAUGUAUGACUCAACUCUUCUUCUUCCUUGUUUUUGUUAUAUCAGAAUGUCAUAUGUUGGCUGUAAUGGCGUAUGACCGCUAUGUUGCCAUCUGUAACCCCUUGCUUUACAAUGUCACCAUGUCUUACCAGCUCUGUUCUUGCAUGGUGGCUGGGGUUUAUGUCAUGGGCUUGACUGGUGCCACAGCUCACACAGGCUGCAUGCUAAGAGUGCUUUUCUGCAAGGCUGAUGUGAUCAACCACUACCUCUGUGAUCUUUUUCCUCUACUGGAGCUCUCCUGCUCCAGUACUUACAUCAAUGAGGUGGUAGUUUUGUGUUUCAGUGCAUUUAAUAUCCUCACCCCCAUCCUGACCAUCCUCAGCUCCUACACCUUCAUCAUCUCCAGCAUCCUCCACAUUCGUUCCACGGAGGGCAGGUCCAAAGCCUUCAGCACAUGCAGCUGCCACAUCUCAGCUGUUGCUAUUUUCUUUGGAUCUGCAGCAUUCAUGUACCUGCAGCCAUCAUCUGUCAGCUCCAUGGACCAAGGGAAAGUGUCCUCUGUGUUUUACACCAUUAUUGUGCCCAUGCUAAAUCCCCUGAUAUACAGCCUAAGGAAUAAAGAUGUCAAAAUUGCCUUCAAUAAACUCCUUGAAAAAAGAAGUUUCCUGUGA